GCAGCGCGUCCUGCCCUCCCUCCCUCUCUCUCUCUUUUUCUCCAUCCCUCCAUCCCUUUCUUCUCCACCCCGGCCGGGGGAGCGAGGUGCGGAGCGCGUCUUGGCGGGGGCUACCAGCCGGGGAUGAUGCUGGGGGAGCUGCGCCUCGGCACCGCUUUCUCCUCGCCCUCAAUGGAGCCCGGACUUUCUCUACAAUGACUUUCCCCGAGCUGAGCAAUGGCAGCUUGAGUGGGAACCGGACGGGACAAGGCAGCCAGAGCGCUGCCAACCGGUCCUGGGGGCUGCAAGGGGAGGAGACCCCCGAGGGCAACGGCACCACGCUGACUUUCGCCUUGGAUGUGCAGGCAGUGGGAGUCGGGGUGUUCCUGGCCGUCUUCAUCCUCUCGGCCAUCGUGGGGAACAUCCUGGUCAUCCUCUCGGUGGCUUGCAACCGGCACCUGCAGACUGUCACCAACUACUUCAUCGUCAACCUGGCCAUUGCCGACCUGCUGCUGAGCACCACCGUGCUGCCCUUCUCGGCCACCCUGGAGGUGUUGGGCUUCUGGGUGUUCGGGCGCAUCUUCUGCAACAUCUGGGCAGCGGUGGACGUGCUCUGCUGCUCUGCCUCCAUCAUGAGCCUGUGCAUCAUCUCCGUGGACAGGUACAUCGGCGUCAAGUACUCCCUCAAGUACCCCACCAUCAUGACCGAGAGGAAGGCAGGAGUCAUCCUCGUGGUGGUCUGGCUCUCCUCCAUGGUCAUCUCCAUCGGGCCGCUGCUGGGCUGGAAGGAGCCGCCGCCGCCGGACGAGAGCAUCUGCAGCAUCACGGAGGAGCCGGGCUAUGCCCUCUUCUCCUCCCUCUUCUCCUUCUACCUGCCCCUCAUGGUCAUCCUGGUGAUGUACUUCAGGAUUUACGUGGUGGCCAGGCGGACCACCCGGAGCCUGGAGGCAGGGGUCAAGAAGGAGAGGAACAAGUCCAUGGAGGUGGUGCUGCGCAUCCACUGCCGCAGCGUGCUGGAGGAGCCCCUCUCCAGCACCCGGAGCAAGGGCCACAACUUCAGGAGCUCCCUCUCCGUGAGGCUCCUCAAGUUCUCCCGGGAGAAAAAAGCAGCCAAGACUCUCGCCAUCGUCGUGGGUGUUUUCAUCCUCUGCUGGUUCCCCUUCUUCUUCAUCCUGCCCUUUGGCUCUUUCUUCCCAUCCCUGAAGCCCUCGGAAAUCGUCUUCAAGAUCAUCUUCUGGCUGGGAUACUUCAACAGCUGCGUGAACCCCAUCAUCUACCCGUGCUCCAGCAAGGAGUUCAAGCGCGCGUUCAUCCGGCUGCUCAAGUGCCAGUGCCGCCGGCGGCGCCGGCCCAUCUGGAGGGUCUACGACCACCACUGGAGAGGAGCCUCCGUCAACAGCUCAGUGCAGGACUCAGAGACAGACCUACGGCCCAGGAUUAACACCCUGAACAGCUCCUUCAUAUUUAACUCCUCCUUCCAGGAGAGGGGCAGUAAGAGGCGAACGCUCAGCUUCAAGGGCUGGAAGAUGCUGACGCCUUUCCAGAAGCCGGCGUCCACCCAGCUGAAGGAGAAGAUGAACAGCCUUUCCAACAAAAUCCGGGGUGGAUCCAGCAAAGGGGGGGCCACGGCCACCUACAAGACAGAGGUGGAGUCAGUCUCAAUUGGGAUCCCUCAUGAUUUCACAGAAACCAUCGACUUCCAAACCCAUGACUUAACAGACUGCUGUGGGCUGAGAGAAACAGAUAUUUGAGACCUCUGGGGCAGCUGUCAAUGGUUUCUUUAGAGGUAUCCAGAAGAAACAUGGAGGGAUACCACCAGUGGGUCUGUCAGGCAGGCUGGAAGCAGCGAUCAGGUAUUAAAUGCAGUUGCCCAAAGGUUAUCCAAGCAUCCCCCACGCGGAGCUCAGCCUCUUCUGUGGGGUUAUGGGUUCCUCAAAUUAGAGCCAAUGGCGUAUCCCAUUCUAACAAGCCACAGCAGGAGGAGAAGGUGUGGAUAUGACCUUAGGGCAAGGGCUGUCUCCUCUGGUGGGUGGUUGUCUUUGGCUUUGGAAGAAGCUGUGCAAUUAAGGGAAACCAGGAUGUCUCCUUUGCCUUAAAAACACCACAGUGAAACCUAAUGGAAAGGUUGAAUCCCAAAAGUUGCCAACCCUGCCUUAGUACAUGUGCUCAUGUCUCCAUCCAGAGGCAGCAGCCAGGAAGGACCCUGCCAAGCAGGAGCUGGCAGC